GGAGGAGGAGAAGCACAUGAAGUUGAACUCAAAACAGGAAGGACAUGGUGGCAGCAGCCCGCAAUUUGCAUUGGCUUCGCAGCUAUGCAGCAACGAUCUGUUUCUCGUAGAAUGUCUGGCAAUCAACCAGCGUAUGUUGGCGGUGUUCAACCAGUUUGCGCUGCCCUAAGCUUGUAAGAGAGGCUGCUUUUCGGAUGUAGGACGUGCUGCUUCCAGGUGCGUUCCAACCGGCCCCAUAAGGAGGUCGCCGUCACAACAGCAGUGCAAAGUCUUGAAUAGACUUAUCACGUGCAUCUAUGAUAAGUUGGUCCUGAGUACAAUGGACGGUGAGAAGGACUCCCUGCCUAACAGCUUGUUGAUGGAGACGCAGCUAGAUGACAUCGAGAUAGUGGAAGAGCAAUGCUCUGCCCUCAUCUCAGAGCUGGGGCUUGUGAGAGCAAAGGUGGACCAGGCAGAGCAGAGUCUGGCUGGAAGAGUUCUGCCGGCAUUCAGAAUGCUGGUGGCACGACAUUCAGGAGCUGUGCAACAGCUAGAAGCACAGCGCCGAGACUCAAAGGCAGAAAUGGAGCGCGCACAGCAAAACUUCCUGGUGGAGAAAGAGGCCCUUCUGGUGGAGUCAAAGCUCGCUCGGCAGCGGCUUGUGCAGGAGCGGGAUGACCAGCUGGAGGAGAAGGAAAAGCUGUGGAGGCAGCUUGUGGAACUCAGGGCAAGCAGGGAAGAGGACCAGCAGCGAUCUGCAGAGAAGCUGCUCAACCUGGAGCGGAGACAGCAAGAGGAGCGCCAGCGGCUGACCGCAGCUUUGGAUGCCGAGAAGGAAGAGAAGGCCGCUCUGUCCCGCAGAUACAGCAGAGCAAAGCGGGAGGUGCAGGCCCUGCACCGCAACAAUGCGUCGCUGCUUCAGGCGGGCGUCAAUGCCAGCCAGAUCAGCAGGGCCUCAAAGAGUCCGACCUUUCUUGGAAAGGAGCUGCGGGCCUCGUUGGAACGAGUCUCUCCCCAGGCUGAUGGGGGUCACUGUUUCGCCACUCAGGGCUCUGUCGGGGGUGGCAAACCUCCGACUGCCGCUCCCAAACAGGCGGCCGCAAAGGUGGGUUUGCCGCUGUUUGCAUCAUCGGAGGGUCAGCCGUCCGGGGGACUCGUUAGGCAAACGGGAGAUGCGGUAGGGGGCCGGCCGGAGGUGGGACCGAUGCAGGCGGCUCAAGCGCCAAUGGAGGGGUUAGGAGCCAUUCGGAGCGACUCUCGCGAUCUGCAAGGCAGGGGAGAAGAGGCGAAACUUGGGGCCGGGUUAGAAGGCGGGGUAGGAUUCCGGUUGACGACGGCGGAUGAGAUGAACCAGCCAGGGAGCGGGGAGAAGCGACCACGCACUGACCUUCCAGAAGUGUUGGCGGGGGCUUGUGGAGGUAUGCCGGCGGACGGUGGGGGGUCGGGAGAGGGGUCCGGUGAAGGAGACGGCAAGGCUUCUUUGAGUCACAAGAGGAGGAAGCACGUUGGCGGGAAUGCCGAGGCGCCACCUCCUGUGUCCCCACAGCAGGGCAUGGGUGCCGACUGCCCUAUCUCGUCGAUGGAAACAUUGCUUUUGGUGCGCGGGACGGGGGGCGAGCUUACGCUUGAAGAAAGAGAAGCGGCCUGGGAGGACGGGGCUGAUCCGACUCCGCAAUCGGGAACAAAUAACGGCAUGGACGUACGGCAAAAUCUCGCAGGAAGAGAAGAGAGGCUGGAUGCGGGUCCUGUCAGGUCGGCAGGACACUUGACAAGGGGGUUCAGUGGCAAAGACGCAACCGAAGCAUGGGCCAGUCAGGCAGGAAGUGGGGGGGAGCGAACGAGGUCUGCGAGCGGAGGGGGCUCGGUGAAGAGGGACCGCUCGCAGCUUGUGUCCACGCUGAACCGACAGAUCCGGCAGGCACUGGGUGCAGAGCGAUCCGGGGGCAGGGACGGGUUAGAGGUUACCCCGUCGGUUAGCGCGGACCCCCGGGUUUUAGGAGCUCGGGACGAGAAUGAGAGGAGCGGCGCGAGUAAAGAGAGGUUGACGAGCAGCGAGGGCGGCAGCCCCAGGACGGGCCGGGGACAGGGGGAUGGUCGUACGGCCUUGCGUGACGAUCGAACGGCUGAACCACAGGUGGUGUCUGAGGGUGCAGUGCGGGACAGAGCCCCGGACUCUGACACCGAUGAGGCAGAGGUGUCGAGCCCGAAGCGGCGGCGGCGGGCCCGGUCUGCGGGGAUUGUGGGGCCGUCGGAUCUGGGCCGGGACGUGCAGCGGGGGAAGAGUGGCGAUUCUUUCUGCACAGUGCGAAAUCUCGGAACGAGCUCCGAGCUAGACGGAGGGAAGAACGUGCCCCUCAGGGCAAAGGAUUCGCUGGAAUUGGAGGAGGCCGUUGAGUUCGGGAACCGUGCAUCGAAUGUCGAGACUCGAGCUGUACCUGUGGCGAGAGCCGAGGGGCUGCCUCCGGGAGAAAAGGGACGGUGGGUCUCGGUACGGGAGGUGCCCCAGAGAGGAAGGGCACACUGGGUUCCGGUGCCAGCGGGAAGAGCUGAGCAGGUGGGGAGGAAAGAAGGCCCGAUUCGUAUGGUACAGACCAGGCUCUCACAGCCCCCCCGCAAAGACGCCCCGUUCUUCAAGGCGCCGACGUCAGCGGCAACGGGAGCGGGAGAGGGGCCCGGGCGGAAGUGGCGGGAGGCGAGCCGGGGGGUGGAGGACGACUUCCUGAGCACGCCGAUGGAAAAGGCGCUCGCAGGAAGAAGCGGGGAAGGGGGGCCGGUUGGAGGAAGUGCCCGGGUCGAUCCCCCGGGCAGACAGACGGGGCAGACGGCAAGUGACGAACCGAGGAAGGCUGCGCCGACUGGCCGGAACAGUAUGGCACGUGACCUGGGGACGGGGUCGGGGGAGCGCAGGGCCAAGGUUGAGGAGAGAACGAGGGCCGCUCCGGAGGAUACAGACCGAGUGAGCGACAGCGAGAAAGAGAACAGCCAGCCUGAUGCGGAUGCCGAGGUGACGAAUGAGGCGGGUCUAGCGCAUCCGGAUGGAGCAAGACCGGGGGGGGCUGAUCUGCGCACCGGGGACAGAGUCCCAAGAGAUGGUGAUGAUUUGCGAGGAGACCGUCCAAGAAACCGGGGCAUCCAGGUGAUCAAACCGGGCACCUAUCAGCACACUGCCGCGGAACGGGGGCGGCAGUUGGCGGCGGGCGAGGCUCCUGUGUACAAGUACAACAGCGUGGUACGGAAGAAGGACGAACGGGAGCAGCUGCAUGCAAUGGAUUGCGAAAAUUGUCGGAAGUUCUACGAAGCCGUGGAGGCCUUGGACGCGGAGGCAAUGGAGCGGCACGUGAAUAGUCGGUGCCAGGAGCAUUUGGAUGUCGCAGGCCGCCAUAGGUAUCAGUACGCGCCCCCGGCAACUCCCUCUGGCUUUUGGAAUAUCGGGUUCGAUUCAGAGACGGAAGCAGCUUCCUGAGCGUGCAGGAUUGCGUUGCUAGGUUUAGGCUGUACAUGAAAGGUUGCUGCGCAAUGGUGAUGGAAAUCGCCAUGGCAAUAGAAAGCUGGACUUCUGUCAUCUUCGUACACUUGUCGUUAAGAUCUGUACACUUGUCGUUGAUUCGUAAGGUCACUCAAGUAGCUAUUGGGUGAUCGACCGCUCUGUGCCUUGUGUCCUCGCUUUCGACAUUUCAUCCCCACAGCCAUAGGAA